AUGGGUCCCCAGCUCUACAUCACAAUGUACAAGGAGCAUUUCAGAUCUCCGGGCAGAGCAAAAAAAGCUGAACUUCGACCUACUUCAGCCCACCGCAGAAACAACCCUCAGCCACGGCCAGACUUCCUGUUCCCCCGCAGUCUUCAGUCCAGCUACAGGCCAACACGCACACUACUCCUCCCAUUGCCCCCUGUGGACACUGGCCGGCCCCUUUUCCCCCCUUUGAACCAUUUCUUAUCUCACAAUCCUGUCUUGGCUUGUCCUGAAAACCCUUUAGGCAAAACAAAUUCAAACAGCCUGGAGCCCAUGCCUCCUAUCAGUGACAGGGCACAUAAACCACAACUGACAGAGACUCCUGCUGCCAUUGAUGGUCUGCUUCCUAACGCACUGAGGACCCCUAAUAAGACAGUGGGUUAUCAGAGGAAUGUCAAUCCACUCUCAGCACAACAACUCAGGCAAGUAAACAACCUUUGA